ACUUUAACAGAGAGCGGGGCUUACGAACGGUGGGUUAAUUUUCCCGACUCCGUUUUGUAUCCAAAUAUUCGUUAGAUAAUAUGGUAGUAACUAAUUUGGAUCAAUUAAUCAUCUUCAACUCAAGUUUUAAUGGAUGUUGAGUCGCCAGAGUCCGAACAGUUGUUGGUCGAGGAAUACAAAAAUCAAGGAAACUCAUGUUAUAAACAAGGAAUGUACAAUGAAGCUAUAGCGUGGUAUACAAAAGGCAUAGAAAUCGAUAGUACCAAUGUGUUUCUGUACAACAACCGCUCCGCAGCUUACCUGAUGAUUAAUAAACCUCUUGAUGCUUAUAAAGAUGCUAGCAGAAGUAUCAGUUUAGAUUCCCAGAAUGUAAAAUCUAUACUACGUUGCUUAAAAUGUUGUCUUAUUUUGGGUGAUUUAAAUGAAGCCAAACGUCUGUGUUCUAUGGUUAGACAGUUGGAACCAACUAAUAUGGAAUUUUCGUCAUUGCUGCAAAAAAUUGAAUUACUAUCAGAAACUCACCGAUCUUACGAAGAUAAAUUAUCCACAUCUGACUUCCGACACGCUCUUCAUUUAAUCACAAAGUGUAUUGAAUUAGCUCCAGCUUCACUAAGUUUCAACUUACAAAAGCUGAACAUCCUCAUUCAAUUAAAACGAUUCAGUGAAGCCAAGAUUUUAGUUGAAAACUUAUUGCAUUCCCAUUCUUCAUCAGUUGAUCUACUCUUUUAUCGAGGCCUGUGCCUGUACUAUUUGGAUCAUUUAGAUAAAGCAAUUGUUCAUUUUCAACAUGUUCUACGCCUUCAUCCAGAUCACAUAGAAACUCAGAAAGUGUACAAGCGUGCCAAAAAUCUUCUGAAAUAUAAAGAAGAAGGAAACACAUUUAUACAUGAUCACAAAUAUUCUCAAGCACUUGAGGCCUACACAAAAGCCUUGGAAGUGGAUCCUUCACACGAUAUGAUUAACGCUAAAUUGUAUUGUAACCGUGCUUGUGCUCUAUUUUACCUUGAUCGUUUCGAUGAAGCCCUAAACGAUUGUGAUAAUGCAAUUUCUUUGGAACCAAACUAUUUAAAGGCUCGAAUUCGACGAGCUAGGUGUUAUUCAUCUCUUGAAGAAUAUGAAAAAGCAGUUGAGGAAUGGACUGCAGUAGUAAAAUUAGACGGAUCACAAGAAAAUAAAAAAUCUUUACAAGCUGCUAAAUCUGCUCUUUCCGUGUCUCAACGUGAUUACUAUAAAAUACUUGGUUUGAAAAAGAAUGCCUCUUCCGAUGAUAUAAAACAAGCGUAUAGAAAAAGUGCACUUUUAUAUCAUCCAGAUCGUCAUACAAGUGCCGAUGAAGCUACUGUAAAAGAGAAGGAACGGAAGUUUAAAGAGAUUGGAGAAGCUUACAGUAUAUUAUCAGAUCCUGUAAAACGUCGUCAAUAUGAUAAUGGUGAACUGUCGGGAGAUGAUGCUUUUGGUCAAGGAAAUGUAUCCGCUCACAAUUUGUUUACUCAAGUCUUUCCUGGAUUUGGAACAUCUACAGUACAUUUUUAUUUUGGUUAAUAUUCCACACAUUGGUAUAUACAAUUAGUGCCGGAGUUAGUAUACAUCAGGUUGUAAUUGUAAUAAACCUUCCUCUCUGUUUAUGUACAAAAAUUGGGCGACGAAAUAUAUAUUGUUUAUUUAUCAGAUAUCUUUGUGGUUAAUACUUUGUCUCUGUUAGACACAUAGAUGUUGAUAUCAAUACUUAUAUGAGUGUCUGUAUGUCUGUGAACAAUUGUAAAUCAAUGAUUAAUAUAAUGUCGGAAAUGAUUCACCGGGUAUAUUGUUUAAUUUUAAAUGUUCUUUUAAUCCGUACAUUAUGAAUGCAUAUUUAAUGUGCAUAUACGUACAUAUAUAUUGGAAGUUUUUCGCGCUAAUAUUAAUGAAAUGAAUGAAAUAGUCAUUUUCAAUUGUAUUGUCAAAUUGGUUAGUGUUCGUUUUUUCUCUUAAAAAUGAUUUUCAAUGAUAAUGUGAUUAACUUAAUGCUGUUAAAAUGAUUUUAUUCGUUUUUUUUUCUGUUCUUACUCUUUCAUACUUGUUUUUGGAAUUAACUCAGUAAUGACUAAAUAACUUGACAUGGUUCAAGAACCCACUUUAAAUUUUGAUGGUAGGAAAAUUAGUGUUUCAAGUUAUCAGAAGCACCUGACUGUCAUGAUUUAAAAUAUCUACCGAUGCUGUAAGUACAUCAGUCAUUUUUUCUUAUGUAUACAGUCAGGUGAAUAAAACAAAUUUCUGUGACGAGAUUUGAUUGGAUAACUGAAUCAUUUUUAGUUGAUUCAUAUACAACUUAAAACCUGGCAUAUUUGCAUUUAUUCAAGUUAUCAUGCAGUACUAGCACAGUAGAAUACAAUUAUCUAAACCAAUACCAGAGCAGUAGAAAAGAUCAAGUAUAGAAGGAGAAUGCAUAUGAACAGUCUCAGUUUUUUAACUGCAAUAAUACUCAACGGAACUGAUGCAACUAGUUCAUGAACAAUUCACAUUAUAACCCACUGCCGGCUGCAUUGUCAUCGAAAAUACAGUAAACACUUAUGGAAUGCAAAUGACAGUAAUUUAUUUAUAUAAUUGUUGGGGAUGCUAGAUUCCCAGAAACCACUUGGUAAACGUCUUAUUUUUGUAAUUUUACUCUGGAAAGUUUUGCGCCUAAAGCGCCCAUUAUUACCUUCGGUUUGUAUUUGCCAUUCGGAAGGACCCUAAAUGUCAUUGAUUCGUUUCCUCUUUUAGUACGUUAUUUUGUGACGUUUCCCAAGGACCUUUUUAUACUGUAUAUAUAUGCUUGAGUUGUGUGCUUGUUUGUUGGUGCUUCUCGCUGCUUGUGGAAUAUACAUUCCCCUACAGUUGUCAGGGCUGUUACACGUCCGAAUAGUUGAGCUUGUCUUGUCGUUGCGUUGCUGAUCCUUCGUUCCGUUUCAUCAAUUUCAAUUGAUCUUGUAAUCUCUUCAAACAUAGCAGAUCUAUAGUGUUGGUUAACAAGUUAUUUUAAUAUGCUACAUUUCCCGAUCGGUUCACAAUCAGACAAAAUAGACUUCAAGUGCUUAGUAAUGAAUUUCAUGGUAGCAAGAAUAUGAACUUUUUCCUGGAGGAAGCGAAAUUAUAGCACACAAUUUCUAUUGAAAUGAAAUAAUUUGCGCAAUUGUACAGAUGUUACUUGGUUCCAUAACAAAAGUAACGGAAAGACGGUUUAGAACGCUUAUAAAUAAGAAUAUUGGUCAAUAAUUUAUGUGGUCUAUGUGAAUGCAGUCUAAUCUAGUGAGACGGAAAUAGUCUCACCUUGCUUACGUUGAAGUUGCACUUAGUACUUAUCCUGUAUUUUACUAUCAUGGUUGCCAAAUAAAUCGACCUCCUACGUAGCUUGGGUAAACACACCCAAUAGGCUACAAAAUAUACUAGUAUUAACUCGUACAAGAAGUAGACGUCGAUUGUUCUUCACCUUGACGAGGAUCGGUCGAUUUCGAAGCUCAGUCCCUUGCCUGCUCAAUGAAUUACUAAGGCUCAAUUACAUUUCUUGGAACACUAAACACCUGAACAACCUGUAUAUAUUCAAGCAACCGGGAAUAUGCAUUAUAUCGUAAAGUUUAAACGCUUGUAUUCAAACCUCUUCUGUAUGAUGAACUUGAUAUAAUUAACAACGCUAAUUUCGUGAAAUCAACACAUAUGUGGAAACACCGAAGUUCUCUUAAAAAUAUACUUCCUGGAUUCUAGCUCUCAAGAAUCAUUUUAUGGCUUCUCAUCAAUGACUAAUCAUUGUCUUUAUAUAUAUGUGGCUAAUAGAAAUAUAAUCGGAAAGUAGCCUGAACGAACAAUUGAAGUUGACAUACAUUCGCUUCGUCAUUUCCAGAGUAUAAUCAUCAUAGUUAAAAAUUUGACAUAUAAAAUGCACAUUUUGUUGGGUUAACUUACAUUUGUUGGAAAGCGAUUUCAUAUAUGAAUUUCAGAAAGGCAAAAGUCACUUAAUCCACUCAAAUUCAGAAUCAGUGUUAUGAAUGAUACUGAACGAAGGGAUUCUCAGUUAGAAUAAACUAGCGGAAAAGAUAUUUUUAACUCUGGUUAUGAAGCAAGUAAAAGUUAGUUUUAGUGAUAAAUAGUGGAUGUCAGUAUUUCAAUGAAAAAAUCUUCAUGAGUUCGAUACGCCUUAGAUAGUGUCUACAUUUAAAUGGUCAAUUAAUGAAAAUGCUCUCCUAAUUUUGGUUUAGAAUGUAAGAAAACUAGUGUUGUUUGUUGACAAAAUAUAAGUAUUCUGAAGUAUAAGUAUCAUGAAGUGAUUAGAUUUAUAGCCAAUAUAUUAGAAUUAUCGUUUACUGUGUAUAUUUUUGAUCUUAGAAUAUCAGGAGUUUUCCGAUAACCAAGGUAGUGAGUUGAAUCAAUUUACAGAUAGUUGUUAUGCAUACAUUUGAAGCAAUCUAAAUCAUUAUCCGUGUGUUUGAAAUGCAAGCGUUUGUUAGUGAGGAAUUAAUACAGACGAUUACGUGAGCGCGUAAGAAACAUUAAUUAGAAAAUGACGAUUGGUGAUUACGGUAAACUGGUAUCAUAUAUCUUAAUAAAUACAUAUUUCAUCGACUAUGAAUAGAACACAUCGUUCCGAACAAUAACCAAAUUAAUUACUGAUAUGGUUUUGUGGGAAUUUUCGUGUAACCUGAACACCACGUCUCACUAAAAAUUGAUUUCAUUGUUAACCAGAAAGUAAUGAACAGUGGUUUCAAUCCAGUGCCACAAACAUACACUCACGUUUCUAUACUCACUGGAACAUGGGAUGCUCAGAGUUCAUAGCGAACAAGGCACCUCUGAGACGGACAACAGAAUAUGGAUGGCAUCAGAUGAUUAUUAUGACAUCAAAAUCUAGUUGAAGUCGGAAAUGUUGACCUUAGGAUCACAACUGUUUGCCUCAACGAGAUAGUGAGACUUCACUGUAGACAGUCAGAUUUUCUGUGUGGUCAUGAGUGAGCACUAACUAAGAAUGUCGGAUCAGAACAAAGUAUCUAGCCAGUCAUUCAUUUGGUGUCAUUAUAUUAUAACAACUGUCCUCAUAUGAAAUAAAUUCCCACAAACCAACUAACCAAAAAUUGAUUGCCGAACCAUGUGUUAGAAUGAUUUACAUGGAUAAGUAUGACAUACAUAAUUUUCCUUGAAUCUUCAGUACUAUGAUAUCGUUUUCAAUUACUGAAGUAAAUGUUAAUCCCAAAAUAUUUACUUGUCAUUUUGAUUGAGUUAUUGACUGAUAAAACACUGCAGUGACUGGUGAGAGGUUGGCGAAUUGAUAGUGUUUUCUACAAGGUCAGGUUUUUAGUUUCGACUACAUAGAUAUACGUGGCCCUUGUAUUCGGAAGUAUGGGGAAUGCUUUUUUAAUAACUUCGUGCCUGAUGUGAUUUCUUUGAAUAUUUAGUUGACUAAAUGCAACUUGAAUUCCAGUGUCUACGAAGACUGCUAGUGACUUAAUGAUCAUAUGUAAAAUAAUUAAACACUUUUAUUUUCACGGUUUUGUAUUUUCUCGGUUUUAGCAUUCAGAACUAAAGUUGACUGGUUAAUAGUAACUUCAUUCCUGAUGAACAAUUUAGUGGUUAUCUGAACUCAAUAGAUUAGCUGACGUUUGAAGUGAAAGAUAUUGAUUACCGGUCCAAGUGUGAACACGAACUCUAACCCACGUUUAUCUAUCUGAUGAGUCACGAAGCAUCGAUUGUGCCUGACUAUUGUUAACCACAAUCCUAAGAUUUGCUGAACCAUUUUCUUCUUCUUCUUUACAAGACAUUUCACGCCGAACAGGAGAGAUUGUUUUUAUUGUACCUCAUAUUGAUAAUAAGUAGUUCGUUUCAUAAUUCCCUUAUACCACAAAUAUUAAGCUUUACUGGGAGAAAGUGGUGUUUUGGUACAUAGUUUCCUGAAUGGCGUAAUUUCGCAAAUAUUAUUUGAUUCGGUAGCAAGAGAAUGCUGAAGAUGACUUGGAACGCUGUAUAUAUGAGACAAAUAUUCUUAGUCCACUAAAACCAUGGUCAACUGGUAUGUUUCAGAAAAUACUAGUAAAAAUAAAUUUAUUUGAGAAAAUCGAACUUCUUAUCCUAACAGCUGUUCAAAGUUUAUAUCCAACAGUAGAUCAUUUACAAUCAAAUUCCGAAUUCUUCUUUAGCGUCCACGUCUUGGACUUCGCCUACUGUUUGGUCUCCUCUUGCCUAUCAAUGAAAGAAGAUAUUGUUUAGUAGGAAUACUAGUAGAUUUUGUACUGUGCGCAAACACAAAAAGUGGCAAUGUUUUCUUUUAUGCUGCUGAGUUAAAAAACACCAAGGAUCUCUUAGUUCAAACGUGCACUGUGAUUUAGAUUUUGUCACGUUGAUGACUGCUUUAGUUAACUUGCUAACUCUUGUUCACUGAUUGUCUCUAUCCUGAUUUGACACAUUGGACAAACAAUUUUUAAUUAAAUUCUUUUUAAAAUACAACACGUCACAGUGAACUAACUUUCCCUCUUGUUUAUAUGCGUAGGACAGUUUCAUAGUCAGACAAUAUCGUUAUUUAUGGUUUGGAGAACAGUGUCAAAAUUACUAACAUCACAUAUAUAGUCGAUGUUCAAGAAUUUCUGAAUAAAAUAGGUGAUGUGUACUCGUAAAAGAAGGCCUUACGUCGUAUAAAUUCAGUCUGUAUAUAAGGAAGGAGACUAAGCUUCAAAAGAACUUCGCACUUCGGUUAGAGAAAAUCUAAAAGAAAUUUGUAUGAGGUGUUGGGGUGAAAUUCGUGCACGCGAUAUGUAUCUCUCGAGAGCGGUCCGAACUACUAACUUUAAAUAUGUGGAUGCCAUUAGGACUAUCAAAUAUGAUGACAGCGGAAUUGACCAGUCUGUAUGCAACUAUAUUUCACUUGAAGAUAAGACUAUGAAGGAUAUAUUAAAUGAGCAUUUUUACAACAUAUUUCAUAUGAAAUACCCCGAUUAUUCAUCUGUUCUAUUUUGGAUGUUCGGAGAAUAUGGGUGGCUGUGUAUCGUUGGUGCCUCAGGCAUUCAUUCUUGUGUAGUUGUAUACUACCACAUGGUAAACUCAUCAGCUUCAAGAGGACUCAAGGCAAUUAUAUGGCACAUUAAUCGUACCAGAUUGUAAACCGAUCGAUGCAAUUAAUUGAGAUUGCUCGGAUAGAUUUUCAGACAGCUACAGAAGCUAGUAAUAAACGAUUAACACAAUCCUUAAAAACACUCCGCCUCAUUAUAUACAAUACUUACAGUCCAAUGUGGCCUUUAUACGCUCUUAGACAUAAUAUUCAUCUUUUAACUCAGUACAUAAUUGAAACUUAUUUCG